AUGAUCAGAGACCAGAUCGUUUACGGGACUACUGACAGCAACCUUCGAGAAAAGCUGUUAAGGGACAACAAUUUGACACUACAAAAGGCCGAGCUGGCAGGUAAAGCCGCAGAAGCAGCAGCGGGACACCAAGAAGUUUGGGCACGCGAACUGAAAGAAGUAGAUCCGGUAGGCGUGGCUCCUAUUGACAAAACUUUUUCGCCAGGACCCGCCUUUUCUAAGUGUCUGAGAUGUGGGCGCAAGCAUGCACCACGAAGCUGUCCAGCGUUCGGGAUGAAGUGCCGGAAGUGCCACAGGCGCAACCAUUUCGCCAUAUGCUGCAAAACAACCACGGAAGUUCACGAGCUCCGAGGCUCCGAAGACAACUUUGACAUUCUGGACGUGUCAAAUUUAGGCAAAAUUCCACGCGACUGGACGGUGCGAGCUCAAAUCAAGAACCUGCCAGUAAACCUAAAAGUCGACACGGGAGCACAAGCAAAUUUGCUGCCUUUGAGCUGCUACCUCAAGAUGCGCCCUCAACCGCCGCUGAAUCCAAGUAGCGCGGUGUUACGUUCGUAUGGAGGAGGGGCAAUUCAGCACGUCGGGGUCAUACGUACCGAAGUCACACUGAAUGACUCGACCUCAGUACUGGAUUUUUUCAUCGUACGGAAGGGGCGUCAAGCGAUCCUCGGACUUCAAGCAUGCCAACUCAUGAGGCUUGUGCCGCGUGUUUACAGCGUGUCUAAAAGCAACCAUGAGUGCAUCUUUGACGAAUUUCGCCAUCUGUUCACCGGAACCGGGUGCGUGCAACGAGCAUACAAGAUGGUGUUACGUGACGGCGCCAUACCCGUCGUCCAGGCCGCACGGCGUGUUCCAGUGGCCUUACAAGAACCCCUCAAGAUGGAAUUGGACCGCAUGCAACGAGCCAGCAUUAUCACGAAGGUGACCGAGCCUACAGACUGGGUGAGUCCUGUCGUUAUUGUUCGAAAGAAGGACGGGAAAAUCCGAGUGUGCAUUGAUCCACGAAACAUAAAUGAGUGCCUAAAAAGAGAACAUUACAUAAUGCCUCGCAGAGAAGAUAUAGAAGCAGACCUCGCCGGCGCGACAGUUUUUUCACGCCUAGACGCAAACUCGGGGUUUCACCAGAUCCCUUUAGAUGACGAAACCUCCCGAAUUUGCACCUUCGCAACACCAUUCGGCCGCUACCGGUUUUUGCGCUUACCCUUUGGUAUAGCAUCGGCUUCAGAGGUCUUCCAGAGGACCCUGAAUGAAAUUUUUGAAGAACUUCCUGGGGUCAGAGUGUACGUGGACGACGUCCUUAUCUGGGGUGCAUCCAUAGAAGAACAUAAUGAGCGUCUUAAGUCGGUGCUACGAGCAGCUGAACGCGCCGGCCUUACAUUCAACCCAGAAAAGUGCACGUUUGCGGUCGAAAAGAUAGAAUUUCUCGGGGACGUGAUUGACAAAAACGGCAUCAGACCAAGCCCAUCCUUGAUAAAUUGCAUGCUACAAAUUCCCACCAGUUGA